AUGUUAUUCAGUUUUUAUGUCACAAAUCGAAAUAAAAAUCAUCUUAAUGAAAUUGAUGUGGAAGACGCAGGCAUAGAACUUUAUGAUUUUGGUGUUAAUAUUGUUGUAUUUAAAAAUGUUUUCAUUGAUCCAUCUAAAGUCGUUGGUGCAAUUGGAGGCGAAGAUCCUCUGAAAGUCGCUAACCAACCAGAAUCUUAUGAACUCUUGGAUUUUCAACAUGGAUUUAUUAAAACUAGUGUUAAACCAAAUAUAAAAAGAGGACAAUUACGUUCGUAUGAAACUAAUGUAAUUACAUUACUCAGAUCGUUGGAGGUACUUGAUUCCGUGAACUUGGACACAAACAAUAUCUAUAAGGAAAAAGUUGUAUUUUUAAUAACACGUGUAGAAUAUGCUAAUUUAUAUCAUACUAUGACAGAUUGGUAUAAUACAUAUAUUACAAUGAAAUUACUUAAUUUAACAAUAAAUAAUAUACAUUUAUUAAUCAUUGAUGGACAUCCAUUAAGUAAUUUAGAUGAAGUAUGGUAUCAAUUAUUUAAUAAUUCUAUAUCAAGAAUUGGUGCAUAUAGACAUUUAUCUAAUCAAACUAUUCAUUUAAUACCAAUAUUACCUAGAAAUAAUAAUCAAUUAUUACAUAUUCAUAAACUUGUUAUUGUACCAUAUGGUUAUUCAAGUCCAUUAUAUGUAGAUAAACCAAUUAUAUCUAAUAUGUAUAUAGAAGAGUUUCGACAAUUCUUUCUUGAUAGGUAUCAUUUAAAUAUCAAUAAUAAUAAUAAUAAUAAUAAUAAUAAUAAUUUAUGUAAUAAACAUAUUAUAAAUGAUUAUAAAUCUCCUCAAAUUAUUAUUAUAAGUCGACAAAAUUAUAUUGCACAUCCACGUAAUAUAAAUGGUUAUAUUCAUAGAAAAAUUAAUAAUGAAUUACAAUUAUUACAAAUAUUAAAACAAUUAAAUUUUAAUAAUUCAUUUCUUAUUGAUUUUAUUCAAUUAACUAUCAUAGAACAAUUAAAAUUAAUUAUUAAUACUGAUAUAUUAAUUGGUAUGCAUGGAGCUGGUUUAACUUAUACUUUAUUAUUAUCAAAUACAUCAUCAAUCAUUGAAUUGUUUCCAUAUUAUUGUUGUAUUCAUAAUAAACAUUUUAUUAAAUUAAGUCAAUUACGUCAUAUUCAUUAUCAUAGUUAUUAUGGUUUAAUGAAUAAUGAUAAUAUACAAAUGCAAUCCACUUAUAUACCAAUUGAUGAUUUUAAAACAAUAGUAUUAAAAACAUAUAAUAAAUGGAAAGAAAAUUGUAAAUUAUUAACAAAAUAA